AUGAAGAUGAACAUCUCAACACCUGAACUCCGGGCAACCGUUGGAAGAACGGGGACUCUGACUGAUGCGUCCCGCUGGAGUCGCGCCAUUCUUGCUGCGGCCUUCAUUGCAUUUCCGGGCCAAACUCCUUUGAUACUCCUAAUGUAUGGAGACUUCAUGCUUGGGAUGCAGGUUGGAGCUUGGCUACGCUGGCUGUUGAUCAUCAUCUCAGCAAUAGAGGUGCUAGUCUUCGUGGGGCUGUUCAUCGUCCUGCCUCCAGACAGGAAAGCCUUUGCUGCACGAGUGCAGUCUCUUUGGUUGCUGCUUUGGCCUGGAAAGGUCUUUGGCUUUUGUGAUGAUGGCCACGGGCAUCCCUUGUACUACCUCGUCUCGGUGUGCGUGUGCUGCCCGCUGCUGCUGGCGAUGUCGAUUAUGGGACCUGCCAUGACGGCGCGGAUCCCGUUGGUGGGACCUGGGCUGGUCCGCCUACUCUUCGGCAAGCCUCGGUGCCUCAGGAGGUUUAGGUGCUGUAGGGUGGAGAGAAACCUGAAGCAGCUCGGGCCAGCAAAAGGACUCCGCUGCCGAAGUAUGGCCUCUCUGAAGGGUGGAGGUUUUGAGACCAAUUUGUUUGGGAUUGAGGCAUGGAUCUUCGAUUCCAAUUUUGAAUGUACUAUAAACAGUAAUUCAGAGACAAUUUGUGUCUCCCCCAGCCAUGGAAGUGCAUGA